UCCCACUCCCUCCUUCGACACCACCGCCGCCGCCGCCGCCGCCGCGUCGGCCUCCGCUUCCGUCUCCGGCCGCGCUCCGCCUGAUCCAAAGAGCAGGGCGACCUCAUCCUCACAGCGGGGGAUCCGGACUCCACGAGAUGGAGGAGCCCCCCGGGAAGAGGAACCCGCCGGCCAGCCUCACGGACGAGCUCCUCGUGGAGAUCCUCCGCCGCGUCCCCGUCCGCUCACUGUGCCGCUUCAAAUGCGUCUCUCGGUCCUGGCGCUACCUCAUCCUCACAGCGGGGGAUCCGGACUCCACGAGAUGGAGGAGCCCCCCGGGAAGAGGAACCCGCCGGCCAGCCUCACGGACGAGCUCCUCGUGGAGAUCCUCCGCCGCGUCCCCGUCCGCUCACUGUGCCGCUUCAAAUGCGUCUCUCGGUCCUGGCGCUACCUCAUCUCCGACCCCGUCCACCGCAAGAAGCUACCCCAGACCCUCGUCGGCUUCUUCUACCACAGCUGGAACUUAGAGCGCUGCCCCGCCCGCGCGCAUCACUUCACCAACAUCACCGGAAAAGGCGCGCCGUUCAUCUUCCCCGACUUCUCCUUCUUUCCCGUCCCCAGUGACCAUGUAAGACCCUUGGAUUCCUGCAACGGCCUCCUCCUCUGCCGCUGCUUGGAGCCUGGUCCUGAUGAGGGCGACGGGUAUCCACCGUUCCAUUAUGCUGUGUGCAAUCCCGCGACCAAGAAGUGGGUGAUGUUGCCGGAUGGCAGCUGGGCUAGUGGCGAGGCUCGCACCGCCCGCUUGGGGUUUGAUCCGGUAGUCUCCUCGCACUUCCAUGUGGUUGAGUAUGUGGUGGACGAUGGUGACUGCGUCAUUGGGGUGGAGAUCUAUUCAUCCAAAACUGGAGCAUGGAGCUUUAUGGAAAGUGAAUGGGGCAAUGAUGUUAUGCUCGAUGACGAAGCGAGAAGUGUGUUUCUUAAUGGCUUUAUGCAUAUGGUCACGUACGCUGCCGGGAUAGUGGUGGUGGACAUGGAGGGAAAAACAUGGAGGUCAAUUCCUGUGCCAUCCGAAUGUGAUUUUGGCUGCAUCCAUCAAUCUCAUCAGGGUCGCCUGUGUUUUCUUAAUAAUGAUGAUGUUGAUGCCUCCAAACUGUUGAUCUGGAUCCUUGAAGACCAUGGUACUCAUGAAUGGACAUUGAAGCAUUCCGUCAGAAAGUUCUUUCUGUUUCGACGGAAGAAUCUUGCAUAUGAUAUGGGCUACAGAGUGAUUACAUUUCACCCAGAAUGCAAUUUGAUUUACUUUGUUUAUGGAUGGGACAGGACACUGAUGGCAUAUGAAAUGGACCGCAAGGAAGUUCGUGUUAUUCGCAAUCUCGGACAUGAGAGCUCGGAUCCCUAUCUUCCUUUUGUACCCUUGUUCUCGGAGGCAUUAGCAGAUGAGCAGUGAAACUGUUACACUCACUGCAGCUAUGUUUUGUUACUGCAAUGACAAUUUCAUAUUGAUGCAGUAAAGAGUAUGUGACAUUUCUUGUAGCUGUCUGAUUGUUCUAGCAACCAGUAACUUGAGUAGACUGCCAUGCUUGUGAGCAUGUCUCUUUUGUGUUAUUUUGAUUUGGGAUAUGUUGUUUAAUUGUUGAGACCUUGUUAACUGCCUAUAGGAGGGCUAAUUUUAUUCUUGCAGUUAAACCGCUGUGUUAUUCUGCUUUUCUUUGGCAAUGGUUAUUAAGCUCAGUGUGUCCCUUUGUGGAGAUAACACUGGCUGCUUGUAUGAGUCAAAAGAUAAUAGAAUGGGGUUAUGAAACCA